AGUGCGCACGUGUUUCUGUAACGCUCCUCAAAUCUUGGAAUGCACGCCAGUUAAACGCGGAAAUUAUUUUGUUGCAAUAUAUAGAUAUGUGCAGAAUGCUCUCAACUACCUAAUGAAACAGUGUUUUUUUGCAAAAUUUUUGAGCAAAGUGAACUUUUUUCGCAAAUAUAAGUCUGAUUUGUGCCGGUUCAGAUUGAGAUUACGUAAGAUAUCAAUGUGACGAUGAAGACCUCGUAGCAUGGCGGUCAUGUAUCUAGAGUUCAAUAUCGUUAUCUUCGGUCAACAUUGGAAUUUCGCGUUAUCACCAUAGUACGCGCGGUGACCCAGCGAUAGUGCGAGUAAUCGAUACAUUCGAGCAAUCGACGAAGCGAACAAUCGAUACGGUCGACCGGUGACAGUGGCGCGGAGAUACUGUAGGUAAACAAACACAUCCUUCAAACGUGAUAACAGUUGUAAACAACUCCAGCCAGGAUGGAUAUAGCUGAACUCUCCAACCUAUUAGACAAAUUGAGAAAUGAGCUGAAAGCGGACAUGGAACAAGUAGUAACCAAAGCCAUUGACCGCAGAGUUGAGCAAUUACAGCAAAGUCAAGAAAAACUGUAUGGUGAUUUGAAGAAAGAAAAUGAAAUCUUAAAAGUUGCGCUUGAAAAACAAAAGCAAGUGAUAAGUGAUAUGAACCGAAUGAAUAAUGUUGCUUUCCAUGGACUAGACAAAAAUGUAGUGGAAAAACGUGUAGAUCUAGAGAACAAAAUCGUUGCAGUAUGCAAGGAUAAACUCCAGGUUGAUAUGGGGCGCCAUGAUGUGAAUUGGGUUCGGCGUCUCAGAAAAAGAGGGAAACAAAAAAAUCGACCAGUGUUAGUGUCUCUUGUCGCAAACAGUAAAAAUUGGGACGUCUUAGAAAUUUCAGUAAAAUUAAAAGGCUCUAAUAUUUUCUUAUCAAAUGACUAUGAUGAAGCUGCCCUGCAAACAGACCCAGAAUGUUAA